GCGGGACCUGCCCUCCCGUCGCCAUUUUUCGGUCUCGUUACUCGCACUUCUGGUGGCCCGGGUGAGGGGGGCGCGAGCAGAAAUAAGGGAAAGUAAGGGAAAAAAAUCCACAUCAAACCGCCAAGACAGGAUCCCUCGCGAGCGGCAAGGAGUGCACGCGACAGCCCCGGUGUACGUUUGCAGUUCCUGAGGUGCGUGCGCAGGAGACUAACCGCUGCUGUGAAAUAUUUUUUGUGUGAAGACGUGUUGCGGGCCGCCAUUUUUUUGCUGUGCUGCCUCUAAAGUCUGCUUCGACUCGAGAGAGGGGAUCCAAAAACACGCAUUUACAUGACGAGUGCCUUAUCUUAAGAGCAAGAUACUAAGUACCACUUCGUUUCCGACCUGCGGCGACUGGGCAAGCGUUUUGCAGACAUGAGGAUUUAUCAGAUGUAGAACUGAGGCCACCUUUUCCGUUCUCUGACACUGACUGGGGGACAUAAAUUAUUAGAAGAGAAGCCUGGUGUUUUCUCGGAAGGCGGAACGAAAAGGGGAAGCUUCAUUGAUCAUUUGCUGCUUCGGCCUCCGUCGGUGAUCGUCGAGCGUUUUUAUUUAUUUCCUUUUGCCACUCGUACUCUCACUCGGCCACUGGCUGCUCGACACAGGGAUCGCAUUAUGCUCCAAAGUUGGAUGCAGCCAGUCGCAGCCUGCCUCUGAACGCGUCAGGUUGUUUGUGUUUUUUGUGUCUUGUUUUAAUAAUAGGUCUCCGGACUCUGCAGCCCCGUGCACAAAACGCUCGACAAAUCUCACGGGGCGACGAGUGCCCAGCCCUGCAUCCUCAAAUCCUCCAAUUAGCUGUGACCCUCCUGCUCCAACCGCACGUUCACGUUUUAACUUAUUGUCUAGUUUAUUUAGCGUUUGUCCUUUUUUUAUUUCCUAGUCUGAUCUUAACUUAUAAACAGAAAUGUCAACUGCUCGCUUUGAUUCGUCCGAUCGGUCCGGCUGGUAUUUCGGACCCGUGUCACGACAAGAGGCACAGAAUAGGUUACAAGGACAGAGGCACGGCAUGUUCCUCGUCCGAGACUCGGCGACUUGUCCCGGCGACUACGUCCUGUCUGUAUCGGAAAACUCCAAAGUGUCUCAUUACAUCAUCAACUCGUUGCCCAGCAAGAGGUUUAAGAUAGGCGACCAAGAGUUCGAGCACCUCCCCGCUCUCCUGGAGUUCUACAAGAUCCACUACCUGGACACCACCACACUGAUCGAGCCUUCGCCCAGGUACCCAAGCUCCGAGGAAAAUGUGGAAUAUGUGCGGACUCUGUUUGACUUCACGGGCAGCGAUGCAGAGGACCUUCCCUUCAAGAAGGGGGAGAUCCUAAUCAUCCUGGAGAAGCCGGAGGAGCAGUGGUGGAGCGCCAAGAGUAAAGAGGGGCGGGUUGGGAUGAUCCCAGUGCCCUACGUGGAGAAGUUGGUACGACCUCCACCCCACAUUACCCAGCCUUCCCACGGAUCUCGCAACUCCAACAGCUACGGGAUCCCUGAGCCCGCCCAUUCCCUCGUGCACGCCUACGCGCAGCCUCAGACGCCGACGCCUUCGCCAAUGCCCCCUGGCACGCCUGGAGUUGUAACCCCUCUGCCGUCCAUGCAGAAUGGCCCCAUCAUGGCGAAGGCCAUCCAGAAGCGAGUGCCGUGUGCCUACGACAAAACCGCUCUCGCCCUAGAGGUUGGUGAUAUCGUCAAGGUUACGCGGAUGAACAUCAGCGGUCAGUGGGAGGGAGAGGUGAACGGACGGAGAGGUCUUUUCCCCUUCACUCAUGUCAAAAUCAUCGACCCCCAGAAACCAGAUGAGAGUGACUGACCUCAGAGUUGGACUGGAGCCUUUCGCCGCCGUCGCCCUGUACCCGAAGUGGCUGGCUGUAUCUACCUGUAUCGUUCCAGCGUCACCAUGGUUACGUGCUUGCCUGCUUGGGGCUGUAACAUGACAGCAAUCCUUCUGUUGUUGCCAACUGUUGCGAGGCUUUUUGACUGUUUACAGCUUUGGACAUUGUAUCCAAACUAAAACCUGACCCCUCCUUCCUCUUCGACAUCUUUCUUUCAGGCUGGGCAAUGUUUUCGCAUUAGUGUCCCUUUCAUUUGAGUGAGUGUGUGUGUGUGUGUGUGCCUGUGUGUAUUGUGUAUAUGUGUGGUCAUUUGAAUAUUUACCACAUUUUUUGCAACGUGUCCUUUUGCUUUUCCUUCACACAGGUUAGAUUUGAAGUCUUGGCGACUUGCUAUGUGUUUGUCUUACUGGUGUGAGGCUGUUUGUACAUGUUGGGGAAAUACAGUGUCCCUAUGGACUUGAGAGAGCACUGAGGCGGCGAGGAGCUGGCCAGCCUGUCACAUGUUGUUUCUCCCACAAAAAAAGAAAAUCAAAGUCCAGUCCCUGUUGUACCUUAACCAUCAUGCAAACACACACACUCGUUGGCCAUGAAUUAUUCAGGUUUUUUAUGUGUGUAUGAUGUGUGACUGGAUUUGAGAUCGGGGAGCAUCUUGGUUGUAACUUGAUGUAGUGGAUCCCACAGUCCUGUUUGUUUUGUGACCUGUAUGAUAGAGGGGUACGUUUGCAUGUCCACUUGGUACAUCUUCACUGUCCUUCAUAUUAGUUUCAACUAAAAGGACAUAGCUUAGAUUCUAGCAGGAUUUUAGUGCCAACUGCACCAAGCAGUGGAUGGUACACUUCAAUGCUUUCCUAUAAGAGUGCCAAGCUUCAUGAAGCUUUUAAAAAUGUUAAAACGCAAGGGCUGCAUCCCUGGUCAGCACUUCCCAUGAGCAUCUGUCCAAGGCUAGCUUACCGACGCAGUGUGGGUACAAGGACUAGGAUCCAUCGAGGUGAGAUGCUGCCCCCCCAGUGGCGCAGGGCAAAGGUCAGGAGGAGUCUUAGCAAGCCAAUGAAACCCCAUCAAUGCCUUUUACCGAGAGUAAGAAAAAUGCAUCUUUUAGUGCAUGCAAUACCCUCUCAAACCAUGUUUUUAAUGUGCUGGUAUUCACCCUAGUUUAGGCUCCAACUCACUUAGUUACAUAUUCAGUCUGUGCACAAACGUUCUCUUUAUGCAAACAGACUCUUAUCAGAGUUGCAUUUCUGUUCAUAAUGUGCUGCGACCAUUUCCAUGUUGCUCAGUAGGAGGCCAGGCCUGAAGUCGCACAAACGGUGCCAACCCCUCGAUUUCUGCUGUACAAAUGAAGAGUGUCACUCCCAUGAUUCCCUUCUACCGCGCUCUCCUCAAAUCAUCGCUCAGCUGGCCACUCCCAGUAAUAUUGUGCGGCUUUUAGUUGUGUCCCUUUUUUUGUCCGUUUGUAGUCGACGAAGAAAUCAAGCAUUUUCUUUUUGUUCAAAUGAGUGGUAUUAUUAAAAUAAAGUACCUAUGGUUACAUUUUCAAAAGGGAAAAACGCCUGCUGGUUGCCUCUGUGCAUGACCUCUUGGCCGGAGAGUUGGCUCUUACCCGGCCAAAUGCUGCUUAUUGUCAUUUACAUUCUUUUCAAUAAAGGUUUCUUAUUUGAAGCCCCUCUGGUCUGUACAAACAAGCCAGCAUCGGGUUUUCCUCAUCAAGCGUAAUGAAACGUACUAAUUAAGCAAUACGCCAUCAUUAUUUCCUUUUUGGAGGUGAACUUGUGUUUUUCAUGCUUGAGUUGUUUUGUAAAGGCAUUAACAGUAUUACUGUACUCUUCUCAUAUUCUAGGAAAGCUUAUCUUUUACUUAAGAAUUGACAAUUGUGCCUUUUUAUUUUUAGUAUACCAUUUACAUGUGUUAAUAUUUCCCAUGGUUAACACCUGUGCUGGUAUUGACCCUUUAUGUACAGAACAAGUAAAUAAAAUUUAUGUCUACUUCUUUAA